UCCCCGCCAGGCGGCCCCUCGUUCUUUCUUUUCGGUCGGGAACUCACGUACGGCACGAAAGGAGCCGUGAGUCUGACGACGAAGCCAUGGCAAAGACCAAGAACCACACCAACCACAAUCAGAACCGCAAGGACCACAGGAACGGCAUCAAGCGGCCAAAGAAGGGCUGCCACCUGUCCAUGCGUGGCGUUGACCCCAAGUUCCUCAAGAACCUUCGGUUUUCCCGGAAACACAACAGGAAGGGGCUGAAGAAGAUGCGCGCCAACGAAGCCGCCCAGCUCCAGGCCAAGGUUGCCGCCGCCGCCGCCACCGCCUCCACGUAGUUAAUAAAGGACCUGCGAACGUG